AUGCUACCGCCACAGACACUAAAAAAGCAACGGACCACAUUUUUGCGCUUUUCCAUUGACUUGCGGGACGAUCCCCCAAUCCCAGGUGACAUUGAAGAAUAUUACGGCCAUGAGUCGCGCGCGACGCGUGCAGUGAAGGACUCCCGACGGUUCAUGACCGUGUUGUUCAAGGCCAAGAAUGACAAGCAAAUCGAGAGUUGGUUGAACCGAAAGGAAAAGCUAUACAAUGCUCAGGGUGAAGAAUAUACCUUCUUUGGCUUUACCGAAAACAACGUCAAGAAUGGACACAUACUGUACUUUCAAGAGGGACCAGACUGGUCAGUCAACACUCUCAAACGGUUCUUUGGGGAGGGACUCUUUGAUGUGUAUCGACGGGGCGGAUACGGAAAGUAUGCGGCCCGGCUGGGUUUAUCAUUCUCCUCGACCGCCGAGUCUCUUGAGAUCUUGCCUCAAGAAACGCACAUGCUACAAGAUAUUACUGCCGAUGACGGUUCUCUGACGAGCGACGGAUCUGGGCUUAUCCGCGAUUCAUUUGCGCUCGAAGUGAUCGCUUUUCUUCAAAUACCGUCAGAGACCUCAGUAUUUCAAAUUCGUCAUGGAGGCUACAAAGGCACCGUUACACGCAUCCCUGACACACAUUUUGACCGGCAAUGCGGGACUGGCAAGAAGGUCGCUUACCGACCUUCAAUGCUCAAGUACACAGGCGGCCUGGAUGUGCUGGAGAUACAGAGUAUUUCUCGAACACCAAGAGUCGCUCGCGUCAACAAGCAGUUCAUCAUACUGAUGCUCACCCGAGGCAUAUCUCUCCAGGUGAUUGAGGAGAUGCUCCAGCUUCAACUCCAAAGCAUCGGGGAGAUGACGACCAGUCGAGAACGGGCUCUUCACUAUGUCAAUGGGGAGUUGGAUUCGGACGAACCAUCUAAUGGACUCGUUCAGGAAAUUUACGAAAUGCUGCUUGCUGGGCACGAUAUGGAUGAGCCUUAUCUGGCCAUUCUUCUACACCGAUUCCAGAAAAUGAUAACCAGUCAACAGCGUUCAUACUAUCUCUUCGGUGUGGUUGACCCUUAUGGAAUUCUCCAAGACGGGCAGGUUUACAUCAACUUGCCGAAUCGUGGCGGUCCUCAAGUUGGCUCCCUGGCUUUCUUGCGCAAUCCCGCCUACGAUGCAGACGGCUAUGUUGUUCUUGAGGGCGUCAAUGUCCCACAGCUGUCCCACAUAGUCAAUGCGAUUGUUUUUCCUGCCGGUGGUCGGACCAGCCAAGCUGCCCGGAUGAGUGGAGGCGAUCUUGACGGCGACUUGUACUUCGUGACGACGUAUUUACCGCUCAUCCCCGAGGACCGGCCUCCUCUUCCAGCAGCCGCGUUGCCCGUAUACAAUCCCCCGUCUCGUCGCGGGGGAAUUGGCGCACCACCUUCGCAAAUGCCCGGACCACCUGAUAGUCGUGGUGCCGAGUCCCGAAUCACCGACGAAGACAUGUUUCGCGACGCAAUCAAGACAUUUACUGAUCAUCGACAUAACUUCUUACUCGGAAGUCUGUCGAACGAGUUCAUGAAACGGGUGGUGACAACGCGACAGCUGGCAGACGCAGACGACUGUCGUGCUCUUCUUCCGCUAAUUCUGGCAGCAUUGGAUGCGUUGAAAAACAAUGGUGCAAUGGCACUGCUACGAUAUGAAUUCUGGAAAUUCAAGAAUGAUAAUCCUGAACGGACAUCGACUCGAUUCAGGGACCCACUAGUCCACCUGGCGAACCAGGUACCUACUUUGGGACCCAGGGUGAUCGAAGAGUUUAGACCGGACCCACACCUUAUCCUCAAAGAUUCCAUUGGAGCCGAUGCAUGGGGUCAACGUAUACAGGAAACGGUCCCAAUCAUGAAUGACUAUGGUAGAGAAUUGCAAACCGCGAUCGCUGCUGACGACGAAGCAAAGGCAAGGAAACUUGAGGAGGACGACGACGAAAAACGAGCAGAUCUCGUGAAACAGAAGUUCUUCGAGCGAGAGUUCCCCGAACUCACGCAACAAAACGUGUUGGUACGAUUGCCGGAGAGCCUUCUCAAAGCGUCGAUCUUUUAUGCGACCGGAUACGCACAUAAAAAGCAAUCGUUCGCAUGGCUUGGGGCACGAUUCCUGAACUAUUUGAAAGCGCUGUUCAGUGGUCGGAAUUUACCUAUUCCCAUCGGACCCGCCUCGCGACCUUUGCGUCCCAUUGGGUCUCUAGCAUCCACUCCCCGACCGCCCUCUGCGCCGUCAUUAUCACGGGCUCGGUCUGGCGCAUCGCCUGCUCCGAGCCCGCCUCCGUCUCGUCAUACUCCUGCCGGCUCGGUCGCGCACUCAAGCCAGAGGAGCAUCUCGCAGGCAUUAGAGGACCCAGAGGAGAGUGCUGUCAGCUUGUGGGUGCGCGAAACUCGACAGGCACAGCCAGGCAGUCCAACUCCGUCGGAAUAUCGCGUAACUGCCACCCCAGCUCCCUCGAUUCGCUCCGAAGCGAUCACGAUUUCCAGCUCAGCGACAAGCCGUGUUGCGCGCAUUCCGCUUCCACCGAGUGUGGCGGCCACCGAGAAUGAUCUGCAGUCUGAGCGUCAGUUUUCGGUGACCAGUGCGUCUUCUGGAAGUAGGGCCCGCCAGAUUCCGCUACCUGAAAGCACUCCGAGCACGCCUGGUGCUGCACUGCGUCGACAAAUUAUUAUGGCGAACAGUCCGCCAAGUAUAGGGCCACCGUCAAGCGCUGCAACGCCAUCCACUGGGAGGUCAGCUCGUCAUAUUCCGCUGCCCAACAGUGUCCCCGCCACACCUGAUAGGUCUGUCAACAAUGACCCAUCGACUCCAAGGCCCUCUCUGAGAAGACAAGACUCGGACACUGAUAUCGAGGAUGACGGUUAUGACUUGGUGCGACCAGAGAGUGCGGACGAGGCGGAAGCAUCACACUUCCACAGUCCUCCGCGGCGCGUCAUUUCGUGA